GCUGUCCAGUUUUCUUCCGUCGACAGCCUUUUGUAGAAGCAGGAUCAGUAGCCGUCAGAUUGUCUGGGGUUUUCUGGAUUGGUUGGUAAAUUGAGUGAAACAUCUUGAUGUGGCUGAUGAUGGGAGUCUUCAGUGGAAAGGCAAAGCAUCAGUCGUUUGUCUUCUUGUUGUCGAGUCUCUUUGCAGUCGGCACAUUCAUUUCGGCAGCCAUGACUCGUUCAUUGACGCCAUCGUUGACAAGAGACAUGGGAUUGUCAAUAACUGUAAAUGGUGUUGUCGCCACCGGCGAUCACGAGGGGAUCGAGUAUAACGGCGAGAAAAAUUACCGUGACCAUCGUCCUUCCAGCACCGCCCGUCCAAUUACAAAAAGACGUCCCGCUAAUUGGGAUCCCUAUGUGGCCGAUACGUGCGGAGGUACAAUCAACAUCGCCUUGUCAUUUGAUCGGCUUUCCUCGUUUAAAUCGCCCGGAUUUCCGGCCACACGGGACUACCCUCUCAUCUGCAAUUGGAAUGUCAAGGUAAAUGACAGAAAAUGCCGUCGUGCUCGAAUCACCAUGCGAAUGGACGGUCGCAGUCGAUUAGCCGAUGCGGAGGGUUGCACCAAAGGACAUUUCACUGUUUCACCCUUCAUGAAACGAUCCAAAAUUUGCGGUAGGAUCGGCAAUAUUCCGCCCUUCCAUUGGUACUUUGACAGCCAACAAGCGGAAAAGAACGUCAGCAUCAUCAUGAAGAAUAUGGCCAUCAAUGAUGGCUAUUCGGAGGGCGUUUCAUUUAGCCUUCAGGGCGAAUGCCUGCCAGAAAAAACAUCUGUCAAAAAGAUGAAUGUUGGCAAGGAAAAUGACAGGUUUCGCGCGAGAUGGAUGAGUCGACUGUUGGAGGAUUUUGAAACGGGAGAAGGGCCUAGAUUGAUUCAAGCCAGUCAUACAACAACUCGACGUCCAUCCACCACUCUCCCUGUCCGUCCAUCUACCACCGUCCGUCCAUCGACCACCCGACGUCCAUCUACCACCGUCCGUCCAUCGACCACCCGACGUCCAUCUAGCACAACAAAACGUUCAAUAGCGUAUGUGCAUCCCGACCUUAUUUGGCCUUUUCUUGCGACUCCCGAGCCUUUUAUUUCUUUGGAAUCACUACUCGAUUUGCAUCCAUCAUCCAAUAUCACUAGUGACACUACAUCCACGGCACAAUCUUCUACCCAACCCACAGUUCAUCUAUUUACAUCAAAACCUCAUCUAUUAACACCUGUCAUAAGUAGUCCCUUGACCACUAAUCUUUCACUGAUCACUUCCGACUCAAAUGUUCCUCAUUCCACAAACCAAUCGGUUCAUUUGAAUGAUUUACCUGGUGGUCCAUCACUGAAUUCUCAAGUACCACUUGAAACGAAUACCACAAUUCCUGAACUCGUUUUGGAGGGUCAAACGAAUAAUGACAACCCAAUUUCAUACAUUAGUCUGAACGGGCAAAAAUUUGUAUUCAGAAAAUUCCACAAGUUUAAGAAAUUGUUGUCCAAAAUGCGUCUGCUCGUCUUGUCGGUUCUAAUCGCCUUCAUUUCGUCUGCUUCAGCAGGAGUUGUAUCGGAGCGGUUGAAAACGACGAUGAAUAGAUAUCAAAAGAUUGAAGUGACUAUUCCUGAAAGUCGACCCAUCAGCUCCAAAGGAAUUAUGCAAAACAUCCAGAACGCCAUUGGAAAUCGACAUGUGAGUUUCAAGAUCCCGGCCAUCCCUUUUAUGUCAAACCUUUGGCGAAGCCGAAACUCAACUGGAAAUGCAGCAAUAGCCAAAAAUGCAACAACGCCGUCGAAUGCAGAAGGACAACAACAAGAGAUCGGGGUCAGCAGCAUCAUCUCGACAUCAACGGCCGUGCCAACUAAACCCGGCGGUCAUCCAGAUUGGUGCGGAGGUAACAUCCUUUUGGAUUUAAAUACCCGGAGGGAGUUAACCUACAAAUCGACGCAAUUUCCGUCUGCUCGUUCCGUGCCAUACGCCUGUUCUUGGGAUGUCAAGGUGAGCAAAAAUUGCCGUCGUGGUCGAGUCACCAUGAGAAUGGACGGACGCAGUCGAUUGGCGCAAGAAGAUCGAUGCAGUAAAGGAUAUUAUCGAGUAUCCCCGUUCAUGAAGGAAGCCAAAAUCUGUGGACGGAUUGGAACGGUUCCACCAUUCCAGUGGUACGUCGACGACAAACAACCAGAAGAUGUCACCAUUAUUAUGAAAAAUAUCGGUCUCAAUGACGGCAACUCUGAAGGGCUGUCAUUUACACUCUCUGGUGAAUGUUUGUCAAAGGACGGUGGCGGCGAAACGAAGAAUAAGACGAGGGAUGUCGCCAUGGACAAUAUGGAGACCAACAGUCGAUGGAUGUACCGUCUGUUGAUGGAUUCAACGACACCUGGCAGCCGCCAAAGUCAAGUCGUUCUCCAUACGGCCAGCAUGUCGUUGCAACCCAAUUCCAAACUGUCGGCAAAAGCUUCGGAAAAGAUCAGCCAAGAUUUCGGCCAAGCCUUGGCGUCGCAACCGGAUCUAGCGGCGGCUGAGAGUUCGACCACCUCCAAACCAGCCAAUAAAAUCACAUUUUAUUCGCCUCUUUAUCUCAUUUUCCGAAAAUUUAACCUCAUCUAAGACUUUGAAACAAAGAAACUGCUGGUCAGCUUCUUUUUUUCUAUUAUUAUUAGACUGAAACAUGUACACAAUCUGCAAAAACUAUUUAAACAUUUGAUAAUUUAAAAGCCCAUUUAUUAUCAUUCAAACUCGUAUUAGAACUGCUGGACAAUACAAGUGACCUAUUCUUGG